CUCUCUCUCCUCCCUGCAAGUGACGCUGUCUACCCACCCACUCCUAAUGAAAGGGAGAGGGAGAGGAGGGACACUGAGCAGUACAGAGAACCAGUCUGUUUUCAGCUCCCAGUUCACUGUAGUGCCUCUGCCAGAUAGCACUCACCCUUCUACCACCACACGCUCUCAAACACAUUCACUCUCACUAUACGACAGCUGACAACACCUUUUCCUUUUUUCAGCAGCGCCACAGACUCACACAGCCAGCUCCAAAAGAGAGAGGAAAAAAACACUGCACGCACACAGACAGACCAGCUCCGAGGAGGCUGGGUUGAGGCUGGAGAGGGUGACUGGAGAAUGGAAUGGAACCUCAGAAGGAUGGAAAGUGAACUGAGGCACAUCAACCCGGAUCUGCUGCAGCCCAGCAAGAGCUUCAAGAAACCCUCCUCAGGCACCAUCACCCUCAAUGUAGGAGGGUUCCUGUACACCGCCCACCGGACCACUCUUGCCAAGCACCUGGGGUCCUUUCUAGAAGAGCUGGCCAAUGGUAAGAAGCCAGAUCAGCAAACUGACUCAAUGGGCAAUCCAUUCAUUGACAGAGAUGGUCCAGUUUUUCGCCAUGUGCUCAACUACCUGCGAACCGGAGAGCUCCAGCUACCCGACGACUUCCGAGAGGCGGGACUCCUGCGACGAGAGGCUGAUUUUUACCGUCUGAGUGAACUGGUGGAGGCUGUGGUUGAGUGGGAAAAUCAGAGGGCAGCUCAGCGGGAACCAGCCUUUUUGGAGGUGACGGAUAGCCAUGAGAGGUCACAUGGCCUAAAGGUGUACUGCAGUGACCCCGCCUUCAUCGAGAAGGUCAAAGGGCGGCUGGUGCAGAUCUCCAAGAGCCGUCUGGAUGGUUUCCCGGAAGAAUUCGUGGUGUCAUCCAACGUGAUCCAGUUCCGACACUUCAUCAAAUCAGAGCCUGGCUCGCGGCUCGUUCUCAAGGAGGACAGCACAUUCUUGUGCACACUUGACUGUCUAAAACUAGAGACAGUGAUGCUAGCACUGAAAUCAGGCUUCAAGCUGGUCACUAGCCUUGACAGCAGCAAAGGCUCUGUGGUGGCAGCUGAGGCCCUGCACUUUGUCAAGUAGAACGGAGGGAAACAGGACGAAAAGAAGAGGAGAGGGAAAGGAUGAAAGAGAAAAGAGUAAUGCCUGAUACUAUAUUCACACCCUGCAAACAUGAAGGUAUUGGCUCAAAGAUCUUCUAACAUGUAAUGUGUCAUGGGUGCAAGAAGAAAACCAGAUGGGUUGAACUGUCUUACAGGACAGUGUUUAAAUUUUUCCUGCACAAGGUUAGUUUACAGUCACAGGAUUUGAUUAGUCUGGGCGAUCAUUAUCAGCAGAAUGGCACGUUGGCAUCAACCUUCGCAUUGCUUUGUAUGCUGGUAUUUACAGAGUUCAGAGUGAUCCAAAUCAACUUAGCAUCUAUGAUAUCUAAAUUGGCUGUGAUUAGAUCUCACACAAAAGUACCACUUUUUAAUAUGAAGACAAGCCAACAGUGAAUCCUUUCAUAGCAAAGACAAAGGCUCUGAACAUAAACAGCUUUAUCAGUUGGACUCGUCUCUGCAAAGAAACUGCUUCUGUCAUAACCAGCGGUGAUGUGCACUGUUGUGCCACUCAGCUUUUACUACAGUCUGUGUGUGAGCGCUGCUGUACACUGUGUGUGUUGUGUUUAGCUGGUUUAAUAGCUUGUGUUUAGUUUAUUAGCCUCUUUUGUGCCUGAAGGGGAAACAACUGUGCAAUGAGGUAGUUUUGGAUGGACUAACAAACUUCACAUCCAAAUCACACUGAAGCAACAAACUGUUUCUCAGAUCAUAUCAACAAGUUGAGUUUAUUAAGUGCAAAGAAAUGUGAUUAUUGUAAGGGCUUUGAAUCUAGCAUGAUGCAUGUGCACUAAUAAACUGUGUGUUUGUUAGUGCUGUGAGCCUCUGUGAAGCCAGUGUCACAACAUUGUCUAUUACUUUUCAUUGUGAAUAUUUUACAAAUAAAAGUGACACA